AUGUGCCCACUUCACGAAAAUCACGCCAAAUUUAUCGAAAAGGCACUUGUCUCCUCACAGUUUCUACCGAGUGUUUAUUCCGCAAUUCCCACAUUGGUUUUCCUGAUUUCCUCCUUCGUCCUCCUGUACCAGCACUUGCACCGCAACACCACCCUCCACACCAGGUGGAAAACCAGAAUUGCGAGGGACCUGAAAUUUCACUGGAUUUAUUUCAACGCGACGAGGCUGUGGUACAUUUCCAUGUCCUGCUUUAGGCGAUUGAUUGCCGUCGCUGAAGAAUACAUAGACAUAAAUAUGACUGAGAAAGAAAAACACUUUAAUCUAAUAAUGACCUACGUUGCAUCGACAGUCAUCAUCACCACAUUGGCGAUACUUCCAAUUUUUCUGAUUUACGUCAAUUACUGGUCGAAGUACGACAUGCCCAACUUUUUGAUGUGUUUAAAGGGUGAUGGAGGACCCGUACAUACGCCACGAGAUCGGAAUCUCCGGUCAUUGUCUGGAACGUCCCUUGAGAAUCGACACGAAAAAACUGAAAAAUUAUCCGUACCGGUCCAAAAGAUCGACCAGCUUCGACACAAACCCGUGGCUGGCCCAAAAACCGGCAGUGAUUUGUAGAAGUUGCAAAUCAAUGAUCGAAAACAAUGUUGUGAAUUCCGUAGAAGAACUGCUUGAUAAAUAAAGUGAUGCCGAAUGAA